CCUGCCUGCGACCGGAGCCAGCCGCCGCCACACUUCAAAGACUCGCUCAUUCAUCCCUGUGCCCUCCCUGCUCCCGGGCCCGGGGGCCAUGAUGGCCUGCCGCUCCUGCGUUGUUGGCUUCAGCAGCCCUAGCAGCUGUGAGGUGACAUCGGCAGGUGGCCCCUGGCCUGAGACCUCAGCAUGGGGCAGCUGCAGGGCCCCCGGGCCAGGCUUCAGCUCCCGCAGCCUCACAGGCUGUUGGCCAGCUGGCACCAUCCCCAAGGUGACCAUCAAUCCCAGCCUGCUGGUACCCCUGGACCUGAAGGUGGACCCAGCCAUCCAGCAGCAGAAGAACCAGGAGAAGGAAGAGAUGAAGAUCCUCAAUGAUAAAUUUGCCUCCCUGAUCAGCAAGGUGCAGGCCCUGGAGCAGCGCAACCAGCUGCUGGAGACCCGCUGGCGCUUCCUACAGGGCCAGGACUCGGCUGCCUUCGACCUGGGGCACCUCUACGAGGAGUACCAGGGCCGGCUGCAGGAGCGGCUGCGCAAAGUGAGCCAGGAGCGGGGACAGCUGGAGGCCAACCUGCUGCAGAUGCUCGAGCGGGUCGAGGAGUUUCGGAUCCGGUAUGAAGAGGAGAUCUCCAAGCGCACAGACAUGGAGUUCACCUUUGUCCAGCUGAAGAAGGACCUGGAUGCGGAGUGUCUUCGACGGACCGAACUGGAGACCAAGUUAAAAGGCCUGCAGAGCUUCGUGGAGCUGAUGAAAACCGUCUACGAGCAGGAGCUGAAGGACCUGGCAGCCCAAGUGAAGGAUGUGUCGGUGACCGUGGGCAUGGACAGCCGCUGCCACAUCGACCUGAGUGGUAUCGUGGAGGAGGUGAAGGUCCAGUACGACGCCAUCGCGGCCCGCAGCCUGGAGGAGGCCGAGGCGUACUCCCGGAGCCAGCUGGAGGAGCGGGCCGCCUGCUCUGCCGAGUAUGCCAACAGCCUCCAGAGCAGCCGUAGCGAGAUCGCUGACCUCAAUGUGCACAUCCAGAAGCUUCGAUCCCAGAUCCUCUCCAUCAAGAGCCACUGCCUGAGCCUGGAGGAGAACAUCAAGGCAGCUGAGGAGCAGGGCGAGCUGGCCUUCCAGGAUGCCAAGGCCAAGCUGGCCCAGCUGGAGGAGGCCCUGCAGCAGGCCAAGAAGGACAUGGCUCGGCAGCUGCGCGAGUACCAGGAGCUCAUGAACACCAAGCUGGCCCUGGACAUCGAGAUCGCCACCUACCGCAAGCUGGUGGAGGGCGAGGAGAGCCGGAUGGACCUGCCUUCAGCCGCCAUGGUCAGCACCGUGCAGUCCAGAUCGAGAACCGCUGCCUCCAAGUCCCGCCUCUCGAGCGCCCCCUCCCGGAAAAAGCAGCACAGCAAAGGCGCCGUGAUCCAAAUCACCGAAAUGUUGGAGAAGUUCCUCUCACAAGAGUCCGAGGCCUCAGAGUAAGGCAGCUGGACCAGGAGCCCCAGGUGCCUCCGCUGCAGCAAGAGGGACGCUCGCCGGACUCAAGAAAGCAGUUUUCAGCCUCUAGGUUGGGAGGGGAGGCACACCUGACCCUGAACUGAGAGGAGGAGUGUUCAAAGGGUGACUGCUGUUUUGUGGGUUGCCAGGGAUGGGACAGGACUGUCACCAGCUAUUCGGAGCCACUCCGCUCCAUACCAAUAUCUCACAGUCCCACUCUUCCCACCUUCUGGCCAGAGGUUUUCCCCACUGGGUAAACUGGAACUGGGGGUCCGUUUCAUCUCCACCUCCCCGAUCCUCUGAGGCUCCUCCCCCAACAGAGGGCUCCCACCAAGGUCCCUUUGACCCUUUGCCCAACCCUUGCCUAAACUCAUAUCUCAAGCCUUGCCUUGCCUCUGCCCCGGGACUGAGGCUGGUGCCUUCGCUCACCCAGCCCCGGCCAGCCGUGGACCAGUGGCUGAUGGGGACCGCUUGGGCACCCUCCCUGUAUCUGGAGUUCCUGGGGAGGCUGGGUGCAGAGUGCCCCUGUCUUUCCUGACCACCUGGGCUCCCCAGAGACCUGACAGUAUUAGGGAGUGAGGGGGAGCCUCCCUGGGUGUUUGGAACCUGAGCCUGGACCUUUGAGAUCAGCCCAGACACCUGUGUCCCUUCCCUCUCCUGUGGGUCCCUCCCAGCAGGUCACAGUCAGAAUUGGCCAGGCUUCCCGGCCAGCUCCCAGCACCUUCUCCAGAAGCUAUUCUUGCCAUGAUGAACUCCCUGGGGGGAAGGCCGGAUGGCAGCCUGAGACCAGGCUGGAGAAUCAGACCCUCCCUUCUCCUCCCUGCCAUCCUGGGGUUCACCACCCUCCUUGAGAUCUGAGCUCUGCACCCCCGCCCAGGUGUUUCCCAGCUUGAAACCUGGCUUUGGCACACCAGGCCCUGAAGACCCUAGCCCACUCCACCCCCACCAUGAAACCCAGGCCCACUUCCCAUGAAUCCCACGUCUCAGGGCCUCUGUUCUCUCCAUAAGGCCACACAGCCUGGCCCUCCCCUCCUUUGCGUCACUGCGGAGCCCAGGAACACCUCACACCUGCUGGUUAGAGCUCCUUCUUGUCUUCCCCCUCCGCCUCUCCUCCCUCCAUGCCCACUCCCCUGCCCAGGCAGGGCCAUGAAGAAGGCACGGUCCAGGCGGAUCUGGGAGCUUCUGAGCCCUUGAGAUCAGGCUGGGGAGCCCCUGACAACCAAAGAGAAAUUCUGCAUCCAACACAAAGAUGUGGGGCUCAGAGGAGGGCUCCCGUUUCCUCCUCUUGGCUCUCGCCUUUGGGGCAGCUCCAGCCUCCCCAUCCACAAGCCGCUUUCUCUCCUUCCCUCUCUUCUCCCUACCUGCCCCUUGCCUCACCUCCUCUUCUAGCCCGUCUUCCAUUCAUUCAUCUCAUUUUCCAGGACUUGGUGGCCCCAGGCCUUGGCCCCUCCUAGGCUCAAGGUCCUUCAGGCCUGUGGGGGGCGCUGAAGGGCCACUGACUCAGAGGGGAGGGACUCAGACAUGUACACAUCCAUGGAGUCCCCAAAGGGUACUGCUGCUGCUUUUUCUCUGCCUAUUUAUUGGUUUCCAAGGGGGCAAAUCCUCAGUGGGGAUACAAGAUAUAGAAAGUAUAUAUAUUAUUUUUUCAUAACUUAUGUGGCUUUUAACUUAUUGCUUCCCUUCCUGUUUCUGCAAAAUCAGUGCUGUAUAUUCUACUAUCUGGAUAGACAACACAUGCCCCAGCUACCCCACCCAACCGGCUGACGAUCUUGGGGCAAUGCACCCUUCUCCCUGCCAAGGGACCAAUAAAGUGCUGAGAUUUGUCCAUG